AUGAAUGGAUUUAAAUUUGUUAAUGAUAAUUUGAAAAGUAAUAAAAUAAAAGUAAAGUGUUGAAUUAUCUUAGAUUAAUGGAAACUUGAAUAAGAUGAACACUGAUGAAAAGAAUGAAAAAAAUGAAUUUAAACAUAUUUUAGUUUCUAUUAUAAAUUAAAUUUCAAUGGAAUUAAAUUUUAUGAUAUUCCCAGCCCCAAAACACUCCUACCGAGAAGAACAUUUGAGAGUUUUUAUUUUAGUUAUUUUAGGAACUUGUUAAAAUUCCAUAUUAUGAUGAUUUGUUUAAGUUUUAUUAAUCAUCCCCAAAAACUCGAAUUUAGUUUCAUAAAAUUGAUCCUUUUAAACCUCCUGAAGAAAUUCCAAAUGUAUUGAAAUUUAAGAAAUUAGGAUGUUAGUUAGCUAUCAAUAUAUGAUGAUUAAGUUGACGAACUUCCAAGUUAAAGAAUACCUCGUAUGAAUUAGACAAUAUCGGUUGAAUGUAGAUAGUAAAGAUAGUAAAAUAUGUACUAAAUAAUAAAAUAAAUAGUAAUAAUUUGAAAGUUUUAAUCACUCCUCGUAUAAGCAGUAAUUCUAAUGAAUUGAACUCAUUAAAUAAGAAUAAAAAUUAUAAAUGCUCAAAAUAAAUUCCAUGCUUAUAUUUAAAAGCUUUAAUUCCAACUAAAAAAACAAUACUUUAUUUUCAUGCAAAUUGUGAGGAUUUAUUGUCUUCAUAUAAUUUAGUAGACUUUUUGAGACAUAAUAUGAAAAUGAAUGUUUUAUCUGUGGAAUACCCAGGUUACGGAGUUUAUCAAGGACAACCAAAUGAGGAGAAUAUAUUAAAAGAUGCUGAAUAUCUUUAUAAAUAUGUUGCAUUUCAUUCUGUAGUUUAAGAGAAAAAUAUGAUAGUAAUGGGGAGAUCAAUAGGAACAGGAGUGGCAUGUCAUUUGGCAUCAUUAUUUCAGCCUGGCCUUUUAGUAUUGAUUUCACCAUUUUUGUCGUUGUAAGAGAUUGUAAAUGAAAAGUAUCCUUUGGUUAAGAAAAUGGUUAAAGAAAGAUUUGUUAAUAAAGAUAAAAUUCAAUAAGUUAAAUCUCCUGUUUAUAUUUUACAUGGAGUUAAAGAUAACAUAGUUUCAGUUGAGUAAGGAAAGAAACUAUAUGGUAUUUAUUAUUUUAAGUUUUGCUUAGAAUUAUGCAAUAGUGCUUGCCUUAUAAGAACUCCCCCUGAGAUGACGCAUACAAGAUUUCAAUUUGAAAAUGAUUUAUGCUAACCUUUGCUAAAUUUUAUGAGAUAGUUGAAUUUACUUUGA